AUGGUCAACGAUCCACCGCUUCUCGCUUCUGGUCCUUUUUCUGCAACCACCGUGGAGAUUUUGAAGCCUGCUUUGGCUUCUGUAGAGGAGGUGCCGGCUAAAUAUUCAACGGAAAGCUAUUCCGUGUCUGAUAAUGGAGGAGACGAGACUGAUUUGCCAACCACCACGACGAAAAUCAUUGUUUCAGUAUGCGAAGUGGGAUCAGAAACAGUUCGAGAAAGAAGGCGAAACAUAUUGGAAUUCGGUAGUAGUUGCUGGUUAUAUCCUCUAUCACCAUACAUCUUCAUUUUAUGUAGUGAGGUGCUCUCGGGUUUAUGUAAUAAAGCGCAAGAGGACGGAUCCUUGCAAAGUAUCUGUGUAGCUCGAGGGAGUCCUCGACUAAACCAUCUCCUCUUUGCGGAUGACACAAUGUUCUUUAUCAAAGCUACCAAAGACAGCAGUAUAGCCCUUCACAAGCUCCUAAAACGCUAUGAAGAAGCCUCCGGUCAAACAAUCAACCCAAGCAAAUCGUUUAUCACCUUUUUCCGGAAAGCUCCGAUGUCACUCAAAACCGCAGUGAAAGAUGAACUGGGCAUUCAAAAAGGAGACAUUGGCAAAUAUCUCGGUCUCCCGAAACAUUUCGGUAGAAAGAAACGAGACCUGUUUGCCUCCAUGGUCGAUAGAAUCAAGCAAAAGGCGAGUGGCUGGUCUAACAGACACCUCUCCGCAGCGGGAAAGAUGACGAUGCUCAAGAGUGUUCUUUCUCCUGUCCCGUCCUAUGCGAUGAUAUGCUGA